GAGGUCCGUGAAGGCAGCGGGGCGGCAGCAGCGUGUUUCGGUCCUGUGACAGCGCUAACGGACGCAUAUCGGGACGCUCACCGGGACAGGUAACGCGCACGGACUCAUUGAUCGGUUACUACCAGCCUGGAGCUUUGAUCUUUUACCAGCUAACACAGAGGGUGCUAGCCCGUUAGCCUGUUAGCCUGUUAGCCUGAGAUGAGGAGGAAUUUCCGGCGAGUGGGCGGUUUGAGAAAAACACGAAAACUUGAAUCUGCGGACCAGUGACGCUUCAUGGGGGCUUUAUCUCUCCGUAACAGAAAGUGAAAGCAGCUGCUGUCUGUCCGUUGAGGAGCUGAUGGAAGCUCGGCAGAUGUGCUCCUGCUGUCAUGACCGCUCUCAUCUGGAUGCUCUCGUGGCUGCCUCUGAUCCUGCCAGCUGUAGGUAUCCUCCCAAAGCCCGUCAACGUCUCCCUGACAUCACUCAACUUCAGUUAUAUACUGAAAUGGCAGGCGGGACCAGGCACACCUCCAGGGGUCUACUAUAACGUCGAAUACACAACUGACAGAAAACAUAGCUGGAACCCGGUGGCCGGCUGUGAGCGCGUGCAGAAGCCUCUGGUUUGUAACUUGACGGCGGCGUUCUCCGUCCUAACGGAGAGGUACUUAACAAGGGUUGGAGCUCAGCUGGGAGGCCAGGUCUUUGGAGAACCGGUCAUAUUCACACCCAUCGAACACCUGAGUCUGCCGCUGCUUAGCGUGGCGCCCAGCGACAGAAGCCUGAGCGUGGAUCUUCACCCUCCGCUGGAGCGCCUCAGGAAGAGCUACGACAUUCUCCAUUACGAGCUCCAGAUCAGCAGCAGCAACCUGGAUAAGCCGGAGGUCAUCAAGAUGCGCUCUCUGAAGAGCUAUAAGUGGGAUCGUUUGGAGCCCGGCAGGCGCCUGCCUCAAUGUGCUACAAUACCAGCCAUCUUCUCUCCAGACCCGCUGAUCUCGGGCAUCUUGUGCUCGUUCGUGAUCAUCAUCGUGUUCUGCAUCUUCCUGCUGAUCGUGACUGGGUUCAUCUGUCUGAGACGGAGGCUGCUGCCGUCGGUUCUGACAACCAUCCAUCACCUGGAGGAGGCGGGGCUCCACGAUCCCUAUAUCAUCUCCCCCCUGAACGUUGAGCAGACGGCGCCCUCUGCAGGCAAAAAGGGAAGCAGCUGCUCCUCCUCGGACGAGAGCGAUGACGAGGGUGAGACGGAGAGCAUGAGCGCCAGCACAGGAGGGGCGUACACACAGCGGGCGGGCACGAACCUCCUCUCCUCUUCAUCCUCUUCAUCAUCAUCUCUGACUCAGCCCAAACCGCCGCCUCUUCCCUCCUCCAAUCAGGAGCCGUACUCUCAGCGGGACGCCCUGAUUUCAACAGGAAGUCCUUCCAGAGCUGGGCUGGAGCUGAGGAUGGGCUGUGGAGGAAGACCUGAGGAGGAAGAGGAGAAGGAUGUGAACCUCUUCACAUUAACUUUCAGCAGGGUGGAACAGGAGGAGGAGGAAGAGGAGAAGGAUGUGAACCUCCUCACAUUAACUUUCGGCAGGGUGGAACAGGAGGAAGAGGAGGAGAAAAAAUCAGACUUCAUUGUGGAGGAGGUGGCGUUUGACUCAGUGCUCGCCGAGGAGGGCGCCACAGAAACUGUUCAUGAUGAAGAGGAGGAGGAGGAGGAGGUCUGUGGAUACAUGGGGCGCUCGGGUAUCUGACAGAGCUCUUUAAGGUGCCUGGUUAUCAGGUCCACGUCUGGGUUCAUGUGGGCCAGAGUUUGAAAUGUUUUCAUUUUCCCUCCACCAGCAGCAGAGCAGAUGUCGGCCAUUUUUAUUCUCGCCUCUUUGCUGAUAUUUUUUAUUUGAAUCUGUCAUUCAGACGGCUGAAGUCCAGAGAUCGUCUCAUUGUUUCAAGUUUUAUUAAUAAGGGUGAGUUACCCACUGAUGCAGGAGGUCGAGGACGUCCGUCCCUGCUGCGUCUCUGGAGAUGGCGACUCAGCCACCUCUAAAAGGCUAACGUAAGGUUUGCGUCCGGUCUCCGCGGUGAGCAGCUAGAGGACGUCCCGUUUUAGGGAGGCGAUCUAUCUAAAUCUCAUGUUCCUGUUAGACUUGAAGUUUUCUGUGGAAUUUGAAACAUGUGAGAACAGCACUGUAAUAAUGUUGAGGCCAGUUCUGAGCAGGUUUAUUUUUAUCUCUUAUUUUAAAUAAAAACCAGUUUGUUAGUUUUGUCAGUGACGGACACACAGCUGUGUUUGUUGGGCAUUCCCAAAGUCCGUCACAUUAUCAUCCCAGUGCCCGAGUCGAACUCUAACCCAGACCGAGUCUGAACAAAAUGUUUCAUAUUCAGCCGUGCUUUGGAUUAUUACUCAUGUUUGCACCAUGUGAUUAAAGCAGAGUAAGAAGGCAGUUAAAGAGCCACUUUGUUCACCUGUGGGGGGGAUGGUGGGGAACAGGGAGGCUUGGCUUUACAACGAAAAAGACCUGCAGCGACACCUGGUGGACUUGCUUCAGUAUGACAUGCAUAAUGACCCGGGCGUCUUCUGGAUCGACUUCUUCCCCUUUGGACAAUAACGUCUCUCACCUGCAGACUUUGUCCAUCAGCACUGAAACUCUGACAUUUGUAAAUGUUUGGUUACUGUGAUGUGUCUGUGUUGGAGAGCUGCUGCUCUGAGCACUGAUUGUGUAACCAGCUCCGUUAGUUUUAGUUUUUAUUCUUGUUGGUGACAGUAAAACAAACUGAAGCACAACAGAAAAACAGAAUCGUAACAAACUGAAGUCAUUUCCUGUAUGUUUCAUGUCAGUGACGAUUAGUUUCUGUUUCCUGUAAGGACCUCUGUAAUCAGUGAUGUAGAGCUGAUUAUCUCUGAAUCAGUCUGAUUGAUUGUUGUUGUUGGUUUUUGUCCCUCUGGUCUCUGGUGCGCGCUGCUGGACAAUUUUUAUGAUUUUUAAUGUUUUAUAAUCAAGAAAUAAUCUGACAGCAGAUGAAAUUACUUGAUUCUUAUGUUGUGUUUAAAGGCAGCGACUGUUGUUAUGGGCACGUCUGUGUCUGAACUCUUCAUUAUGUCUGAUCAUGAACGUGUCUGCAGCGAAUCAGACUCACACAGCCUGCUUACUGGCUUAUUUUCAUUCACAUAAAGCACAUCAUACCUCUGUAAUGCACUCAUACAACUCACAGCUUUAUUCAAACAGUGUAAUCACAACAUGUUUGUGCCAUUUUUGCAUGUUUGUACUCACAGUUAAAGUGGCCAGUGUUGAGCCACUUCAUUUCUAUAUUGAUCAAAAACAACAAGAAGCCUCAGAUGUUUUUGUACAGACUCGUGCUUCAAACCAAUAAAGGUCUGAGACCGUG